GUUGGGCCUUGGAGCCCUGUAUAUACACUCAAAAACCCUAACUACCCCAUUUGAGCUUCUUCAGACGCCGAGAAUCAAAAGUAACAUCAAUCUUUGCGUCGACAAUGUCGCUAGUGGCGAACGAAGAAUUCCAGCACAUAUUGCGUGUCCUGAACACGAACGUGGAUGGGAAACAGAAGAUAAUGUUUGCCCUCACGUCAAUCAAGGGUAUUGGGAGGCGAUUCGCUAAUAUUGUUUGCAAGAAGGCCGAUGUUGACAUGAACAAAAGGGCUGGUGAAUUAUCUGCUGCUGAGCUGGAGAACCUCAUGGUUAUUGUUGCUAAUCCUAGGCAAUUCAAAAUUCCUGACUGGUUUUUGAAUAGGAAAAAGGAUUACAAGGAUGGCAGAUAUUCUCAGGUGGUUUCAAAUGCAUUGGAUAUGAAGUUGAGAGAUGACUUGGAGCGAUUGAAGAAAAUCAGGAACCACCGUGGUCUGAGGCACUACUGGGGCCUCCGUGUUCGCGGCCAGCACACCAAGACCACAGGUCGUAGAGGAAAGACUGUUGGUGUCUCUAAGAAGCGUUGAGCCUUGGAUUGUUUUUGCUUUGAACAAUUAUAUAUUAUGAUGAAACACAAGUCCUUUGCAGUUAAGAAGAGUCAGAUUUUUUUAUGCAAAUUUUCUUAUAUUGGUUGAAUUUCAAAUCCAAAAUCUGCAGUCUUUCUAAUCAACCACCUACCAUGGUGAGAUCUUAUGUGAAGGAUUUAGAUUAUAGCUACAUCCGUGGGUGAGAUAUCACCAAAUUAGCAUGAAUUGAUAUUUAGCAUUUCAA